AUGGAUAUCGUACCAGCUCUGAGACCGUCGAGAUCAAGAUCUCGCUCUAGAACGAGAAACUCAACGGCUAAUUCUCGUUCCACUUCAGCAACGAGAAGACCAAGCUUGGCACAUAAGAGGACGUUAUCCGCGUCUUCCCUUGACAAAUUAGUAGUCGGCUCGACAAAGAUCAAUGCCGAGAGAAGCAUACCUUCCGUUGACGCUAUACUAGACAACACCCUUCCCGCGGAAUUUUUCAAGCAGGAUAUCAUAGCAUUGACCAAAGCGUUGAAAAUCAGCAAAUGGCAUAAACGCAAUUUGGUAACUCACAAUUUGACGAUAACUCGAAUUUCAGGUGCAUUGACCAACUGCAUAUACAAAGUCGAGUACAGCGAUGACUCGCAAGAUCCCAACCCGCCGACUUUGUUGCUUAGAAUAUACGGCAAGAACGCCGAUGAGUUGAUAGACAGAGAUCUGGAGCUCCAGACUUUGAUCAAGCUAGCCCAGAAAAGAAUUGGGCCUCGCCUUUUGGGAAUCUUUACCAAUGGCAGAUUUGAACAAUUUUUGGAUGGGUUUGUUACAUUUACCAAAGACCAGAUUAGAAACCAAAUCAUUUCCCAGAUUUUCGCUCGGAGAAUGAAAGAUUUGCACUACAAGAUUACACUUGACGAAGAAGACCUCAAGCCUCUACCCACAUGUUGGAUCAUGAUAGACAAGUGGUUGCGAGUUUUCGAAAGGGACUGCUUACCUGGCUACAUUGAGGCAGGCAUUGACCCCAAGGACAUUUUCAUGAUGGAUUUGGAGCAGUUUAAAGAUUUAUUGUUUGACUACAAGUACUGGGUGCUUGAGAAGUACGACAAGAGUGACUUUACGUCGAAUUACAAGUUUUGCCAUAACGACACCCAAUACGGCAACUUGCUACUUCACGAGUCAUUCAAUCCAGAAGAUGUCAUUGUCACCAACCCGAGCCGCCCCACUUCAAACCCAAACUCAAGCUUGAACUUGAACUCGACCUCGGGCGAGUCACCACUCAAGUCAACUUCAAACAAAAAGGACUCGAACUUGGUGGUUAUUGAUUUCGAAUACUCGGCACUGAAUUUCCCUGCUUUCGAUAUUGUCAACCAUUUUAGUGAAUGGAUGGCCAAUUACCAUGAUCCUUUAAAAUCCUAUUUCAUAAAUGAAAAAAGGUACCCCUCCAAAUUGGAACAGCUCAACCUCAUCAAAUCCUAUAUUGAGUACGAUUUUCAAUUUCCUUCGUCUACUUUGAAAACGUCCAAAUCAGCUCAGGAUUUACUCAACGACCCCGCAACGCAAACGGCUGACUUGGUCCAGUACGAGAUUGAGAAGAUGUACAAUGAAUGCGUUUAUUGGAGAGGUGCAGUGCAGUUGUUCUGGGGGUUCUGGGCAUUGAUUCAAAAUGGGCCCGUGCAGCCCAAGUCUCUCAACUUCGAAGAGACAAACGAGAAAGGUAUCGAUAGUACAUACACAAUCACGAUGGAUGCUGGGAAAUUGACAUUGGAUGAUGUAAAAGUUGUCAUGGAGGAGGCCAUUUCUUCCAGUGAUGACGAUUUUGAUUACAUCAAGUAUGCGGGCCAGAAACUUGCCGUCUUUCUCGGUGACGCUAUACAGUUUGGCUUGUUGAAGAAGGAUGCAAUCGAGCCGAAAUAUCAAGACUCGGUCAAGUACUUGAGCACUGAAACAUUCGAGCUAUGA